CGAUGCAUUGAGAAGAAAAGUAAGGGCUCAAGUGCAAACGAGGAAACCAACCUCCUCCCUAUAACAACUCCGCCGCGCGCCCACCUCCCCUCGCCGGUAUCGUGUCCUCGUUCACGCCCAACCCACCCCACCCCAUUUCCCCGACCUCCGAUGCCGGAGCGCCGCAACGUAGCCGGAGAUCCGCCGUACUGGUGAUCCCCGGAUAACAACGAUGGACCGCCUCUUGCUGUCCCGCCCCCCGAUGCCCACCCCCGUCCACGGCGCUGCCACGGCCGCAGAUGGCGACCUCCUCGAGCUCGACGUCCUCUGGCCCGCCUCUUCAGCUCCGGGACUCCUCGCCGCGCUUCCCGAUGAUGAGGCUAAGAAGAAGCAGAAGCGCGCGGGCGGCCCUGCCGUCCGAUCCGCCGCGCGCGCCGUCCCGGAGAAGGCCGCGUUGACCCCGUCUUCGGCGGCGAGGUCGGCUCCGGUGCGCAUACCUUCGGAUGCUGCGGCGCGGAGAGGGAGGUGGUCCCACGUCGUCGUCGGCGGCGACGACGGGGACGCCGUGGUCCCGCCGCACGAGAUCGUCGCGCGGCGCGCGGCAGCGCACAGCUCCGUGCUGGAGGGAGCCGGGAGGACGCUCAAGGGCCGCGACCUCCGCCGCGUACGCAACACCGUCCUGCGCCGCACCGGCUUCCUCGACUGAGAGGCGGAGGCGAGUCGCCUCGUCGCUUUCGCGAUAAAGUUUUGACUUCUGUUAAUUCCCCCCGUUAGUUCCAUCCAUUGCGUUUCCGGCAGUUUUGAUUUCAUUCCCCGAUGGGAAGGGGAUGAAAAGUAAAGAGGUGAGGUGAGAUGAGUGAGCGAGAAUUACAACACGACAAUAACAGUGCUGUUCCAUUCCAUCACAUUAUAUAUAUGGAAAUUUUGGCCA